GGCUGGUCAAAAUUCGGUCAAUCACCUUACGCCCGCGACUACAUCUCCCGGAGCCGGCGUUGCCCCGAAAGCUGCGAAAGCAGACUGAUUGUAGGUGGUGGAAGAUAUGAAACCGCGGUGAGCUGCUGUGGGUUGGAUCGCGGAUAUGGAGGGUGUUCCUCCCCACUGGUCGGAGGCAACAUGUCUCCGCUGCCUCGAUGCUCGCUAGAAUCACCGGUGGUUUCCAAAUGGCUCCAGCACGUUACACCGCUGUCAACGCGUCCAAUGUCCAUCGAUCACGUUCUCACGCGCAGUGCGCACAUAACCAAGGAUGAAGGGCCGACGGGUACCCCGUACCUUGCGCGCGCCAUGGCCUCGCAUCUGCUCUCCGUCACCAAUCUCGACUUCACGUCGGACACGGCGCAAAUCUGCGUCCUGUUGGUCAGGGACGCUGGGCUCGCGCUCGAGGUCCCCGGUGCGAACAUGAGCGACAACGUGCCGGUCGCACUCGCCAAAGUCAGCAAUCAAGUCGAACAGACGUGGAUCUUCUUCCGCGGCGUCAAGGGCCAUUGCAUCAUGAACUACGGGACGGGGACAUACCUCUGUGGAAGCAAGACCCGACCCGAGGACGUGCUAGUGUCCAGCAAGCUUCCAGAGGAAUGGGACCUUGUUCGAAACGGUGAUGGAUACAUCUUGCGGUCUUCGAAUGGAAGCAUCCUCGUCGCUCUUGGAACGUCGGUCCUCACACCUUCGCUCCGAUCAGCGGGUGGUGACCAUACGAUAUGGACGACGGCGGUCGCUUCCUCAAUCCCAAUCUCUAACGUCAGCCAACCCUUCACCACCUCUCCGCAGCGAGCGAACAUCAUGAACCACGUUAAGAACGCCCUCCAAGCCCUGGUGACUAUAGUACAUGUGCUUGAGCACCCCGAGAACGACCCGAGCCUUGAGGUCAUGGACCUGGUAUAUACGGAACACGACGUCGCUGUCUUGGGUGCCCGCAUCAGAGAGUGCGCCAAAAACUUCUAUUUCGCCAACGACACGGCGACCCGCUGGUUCACCGGCGUCGAGACCCAACUCCAAGCGAUCGUCUCGGAUAAGAAGAGGGCAGAGGACAGGCUGAAGACCAUCGAAGUCGACCGCGCCGCGACGCAGACCCGGUGGAGUCACCUGCAGGACAAGGUGAAGGAAUACGAGGGCAUAGUGGCCAGUAGCCAACAAGCGGUGGACCAGUCGCAGAAGGAUUACGAUGCUGCGCAAGCGGAGUAUCAGCGUGCCGUGGACGAUAUACGCGAGCAGCAAAGAGUGGACAGGAGGACCUGCGUCGGCGCGAUUGCGAAGGGGGCACGCUCGAGGCACAUGGGAGACAUGCUCAUGAUGGGAUACUUGACGAAGAGGGAUCGGGCGAAGAGCCUCAUGGCCGAGAAGAGAACGAAACUCGACGGGGACAAGCAGGCGCUAAACACCUUCCGAAAACAGCUGGACACCGAGAAGAAAAGCAUGGAGAAGCUCCAGCUGCAGCUCGAUGCCGUGCAGAGGGAGUCUUCUGCUAUAUCAGCGCGGAUAUCGCCUAUGCAGCGCGAGCUCAACUUGCUUUCGACCCUCUCGGCCAAAAUCAACGAUUGCGUGCACACCAUGGACUACGUGCUUACGCGCGCAAAUGCAUUGGUGAUCGCGGAGACCGUGUCUGACCUCAAAGUCAAUAUCCAGGAAGCGGCCGACCAACUCGGCGCAGACAAGGACACGAUGAACGCAUUGAGCGCUCUGGACGCCGAUCGUCUUCGCAAGCUUGGCGAUAGGGCUCGGACACUCAGCAAACAAAUCAAAGACGGAAAGAUUAGGAGCAAGCUUUAGCGUCCAGCUGCCCUAGCUUAUCCUCGGAAACGC